AUGACUAGAAUGUACCAUUGGACUAGAAGUAAGAAUCUACCAUUUACUCUUGAUGAUAUUAAAAGGGUAACCACAACUUGUCCUAUAUGCGCUGAAGUUAAACCCAAAUGCUUUAAACAGGAGGGAAACCAUCUUAUCAAAUCUACUUCGCCUUUUGAACUGUUGAAUAUAGAUUUUAAAGGCCCACUACCCUCUAAUACAAGCAAUCAUUAUAUCCUUACAAUAGUAGAUGAAUAUUCUCGCUUCCCAUUUGCAGUUCCAUGCCGGGACAUUAGUUCAACUACUGUGAUAAAUAGUUUGUGGCAGUUAUUCUCCAUAUUUGGUAUGCCGGCUUACAUUCAUUCUGAUCGCGGAUCAUCUUUUAUGUCACAAGAACUCACAACUUUUUUGCACAACCAUGGAAUAGCCACCAGUCGUACGACACCUUACAAUCCGGAGGGAAACGGACAAGCAGAACGAUAUAAUGGGAUUAUUUGGAAAGCCGUCCAAUUGGCCCAGCAAACACAAAGACUUAAAAUAACUCAGCGGGAAGAAGUGCUAAGAGAUGCCCUACAUUCUAUAAGAUCUCUGCUUUGUACAGCUAUAAACUGUACCCCACAUGAACGCUUCUUCCAUUAUCCUCGCCGUUCUUCAAAUGGGAAAACUCUCCCUUCAUGGCUUAACUGCCCUGGUCCAGUACCCAUCAGAAAACAUGUAAAAUCAUCAAAGUACGAUCCACUGGUGGAAGAAGCUGAAUUGAUAGAGGCUAAUCCCGAGUAUGCUUUGGUGCGUUAUAACAAUGGACGUGAAUCUACAGUGUCUCUGAAAGACCUGGCACCUCCAGGGGAUAGAGGUCUGUUGGGAGAAAAGAGAGACAGAGAACAUAGUAUUAAACCAUCAAGCUUGGAAGCUCCUGCAUACCAUUGUGGUCAAGAGAAUAAAGAUAUUGUUAUUGAAGAACCUACCCAGAUGAAUGAAGAGCUAAGCAAGACAUUAAGUGAUGUUGAAGAACCUAGAAGGUCUACUAGAACCAAAAAUAAACCAAAGUAUUUAGAAGAUUAUAAAACUAAUUAA